AAUAUACUAUAUAUGCAAGGAGGUGCUAAGCCUCCAGGGACUGAAGCCCAGCUGCAGGUAGUUAGCAGCUAAUAGUCUGCCUAGUCUAGAGGCAGGGAGCCAGCUGCAAGUGAUGACUAGUGAAUAGGGAUGGAGCUACAAAGAAGGUUAAACAAAUCCUGGAGCAAAGUACAAGAGAAGAGAAAAACAAAGAGCCUGGAUUACCCUUAAGUCUGGAGAAAGAUCAUAGGCUUUAGGUUUAUUUGUAUACUUGCUUUUGGUUUGCAUUUGUGUCAAAGGCUGGGUAUUUUGAGUGACCAACUACAACUCCUUCUGCAGAAACAGAUGACCUCCCUGGUACUUAGGAUCCAAUCCAUGUGGAAUGACAGACAAAAUGAAAGAGAACUAGAUACUGAUGAACUUGAUGUAGCUGCUCUCUGUCUGUGCUGACAGCUACUUAUGGUAAGAAAAACUGAACAUGCCUCGCAGUCCAACAUCAAGUGAAGAUGAGAUGGCCCAAAGCUUUUCAGACUAUUCUGUUGAAUCUGAAUCAGACAGCUCCAAAGAAGAAACUAUUUAUGAUACUAUUAAGGCUACAGCAGAAAAGCCAACCAGCAGAAUGGAAGAUAAUCAUAACAACACAUUAGUGAUACGGAUAAUAAUACCUGACCUACAGCAAACGAAGUGCAUUCGAUUUAAUCCUGAAUCUUCAGUGUGGGUAGCAAAACAGCGAAUUUUGUGUACUUUGAAUCAGAGUUUGAAAGAUGUCUUGAAUUAUGGGCUGUUCCAGCCUGCAAGCAAUGGAAGAGAUGGGAAGUUUUUGGAUGAGGAACGACUUCUUAGGGAAUAUCCACAACCAGUGAAUAAAGGUGUUCCCUCCUUAGAGUUCCGAUAUAAGAAGAGAGUAUAUAAGCAAUUCAAUCUGGAUGAAAAACAGGUGGCAAAGCUUCAUACAAAGGCUAAUUUAAGAAAAUUCAUGGAUCAUGUCCACCACCUCUCUGUGGAAAAAGUCACAAAGAUGUUAGACCGAGGACUGGAUCCGAACUAUCAUGACCUGGAGAGUGGAGACACACCACUAACUUUGGCAGCACAGCUUGAAAAUACAAUAGAAGUGAUCAAAACUCUGAAAAACGGAGGGGCACAUUUGGAUUUCAGAGCCAAAGAUGGAAUGACAGCUCUGCACAAAGCAGCUAGAGCCAAGAACCAAGUAACCCUCAAGACCCUUUUAGAGCUUGGAGCAUCUCCUAACUACAAAGACAGCUGUGGAUUAACCCCACUCUACCACACCGCUGUAGUAGGAGGGGAUCCAUAUUGUUGUGAACUGUUACUUCAUGAACAUGCUACAGUCAGCUGCAAAGAUGAAAAUGGAUGGCAAGAGAUUCAUCAGGCUUGUCGAUAUGGACAUGUCCAGCAUUUAGAACAUUUACUUUUUUAUGGAGCAGAUAUGGGAGCACAGAAUGCCUCAGGAAAUACAGCAUUGCAUAUCUGUGCCCUUUAUAACCAGGAAAGCUGUGCAAGAGUUUUGUUGUUCCGAGGAGCCAACAAGGAGAUAAAGAAUUACAACAGCCAGUCUCCAUUUCAGGUGGCUAUAAUAGCAGGAAACUUUGAGCUGGCUGAAUAUAUCAAAAAUCACAAGGAAGCAGAUAUUGUGCCAUUUAGAGAGGCUCCUACCUAUUCAAACAGGAGACGGAGGCCCCAGAGCACGUUGGCAGCACCUCGUGUCUUGCUUCGCUCUAACAGCGAUAACAACCUGAACAUCAACAACAUUCCUGACUGGUCAGCCUCAUCUUCUGCUUCUUCACACCGCAGCCUUUCACCACAUCUACUUCAACAGAUGCAGAAUAAUCCUAAUGGAACUGUAAAAACUGUUGGAAGUUAUACCCCAUCCUCUCGGAGCAGGUCACCAUCAUUAAACAGACUAGGGGAGGAUGCAAAAAGGCAGCAACACAGGCACAUCAGUGCUGGGUACAAUCCAAGUACCAACAAGGAUACCAUCUCUGCCUUGGAUUAUCAGGGUCCAAAACGCAAACUUUACAGUGCUGUACCUGGAAGACUUUUUAUCGUUGUAAAGCCAUAUCAACCUCAAGGAGAAGGGGAGAUUCACCUGCACAAAGGCGACAGGGUAAAAGUGUUAAGCAUUGGUGAAGGUGGAUUCUGGGAAGGCAGCACCCGAGGACAUGUUGGAUGGUUUCCUGCAGAUUGUGUUGAGGAAGUUCAGUGUAAACCAAAUGAAAGCAAACCAGAAACUCGAGCAGAUAGAACAAAGAAAUUGUUCAGACACUACACAGUUGGAUCAUAUGACAGCUUUGAUGCUUCAAGUCCUCAAGUACCACGAGAAUCCUCCAUGGGUGCCAAAGUGCCUGGCCCCUGUGCUAGAAGGAAUGUGAUCACUCCACUCCUCCUGCCCAGAACCAGUGACUGCAUUAUUGAAGAAAAGGCAGUGGUCCUGCAGAAAAAAGACAAUGAAGGAUUUGGAUUUGUACUUAGAGGUGCAAAAGCUGAUACACCAAUUGAAGAAUUCACCCCAACUCCAGCCUUUCCUGCUUUGCAGUACCUAGAAUCUGUGGAUGAAGGUGGAGUAGCAUGGCAAGCUGGCUUGAGAACAGGAGACUUUUUGAUCGAGGUUAACAAUGAAAAUGUAGUGAAAGUUGGCCACAGGCAGGUGGUGAACAUGAUUCGACAAGGGGGCAAUCAUCUAGUUCUUAAGGUUGUUACAGUAACCAGGAGUCUUGAUCCAGAUGACACUGCCAGGAAGAAAGCCCCACCUCCUCCAAAGCGAGCUCCAACCACUGCACUGACCUUGCGGUCUAAGUCAAUGACCUCAGAGCUUGAAGAGCUUGAUAAAGUGGAUGAAAUAGUACCAGUUUCCAAGCCAUCAAGAAUUGCAGACAAUGCAACUGUGGACUCAAGGGUGGCAACUAUUAAACAGCGGCCUUCCAGUAGAUGCUUUCCCUCCGUUACUGAUAUGAAUUCUAUGUAUGAGAGACAAGGUAUUGCUGUGAUGCCACCUACUGUACCUGGGAGUCCGCAAGGUCCUUUUCUAGGUAUACCUCGUGGUACAAUGAGAAGACAAAAAUCCAUAGGAAUAACUGAAGAAGAGCGGCAGUUUUUGGCUCCUCCAAUGCUGAAAUUUACCAGGAGUCUAUCAAUGCCAGACACCUCUGAAGAUAUCCCUCCUCCCCCACAGUCUCUACCCCCUUCACCACCACCACCUUCUCCCUCCUUGUACAACUCACCCAAAUCUCCAACAUCAAGAAGUUAUGGAACAAUUAAACCUGCAUUUAAUCAGAAUUCAGGUUCAAAAGUUUCUUCAGGUAGACCUGAAAAUAUGGGAACCAUGAUACGGGAGAAAGGAAUGUAUUACAGAAGAGAAUUAGAUCGUUAUUCUCUAGACUCUGAGGAUUUAUACAGCAGGAAGGCCGCAACUCAGGCUAAUUUUAGGAGCAAGAGGGGUCAGAUGCCAGAAAACCCAUAUUCUGAAGUUGGGAAGAUAGCAAGCAAAGCAGUGUACGUGCCAGCCAAACCAGCAAGGAGAAAGGGAAUGCUAGUGAAACAAUCUAAUGUGGAGGACAGUCCAGAGAAAACCUGUUCUAUUCCAAUUCCAACCAUUAUUGUGAAAGAACCGUCUACCAGCAGUAGUGGAAAAAGCAGCCAAGGAAGCAGCAUGGAAAUUGACCCUCAGUCUUCAGAGCAGCCUGGACAGCUCAGACCUGAUGAUAACUUAAAUGUUAGCAGUCCAUUUGCAGCAGCCAUUGCUGGAGCAGUAAGGGACAGGGAAAAGAGAUUAGAAGCUAGACGUAACUCUCCAGCUUUCCUUUCUACUGAUUUAGGAGAUGAGGAUGUUGGGCUAACGCCCCCAACACCCCGUCUGCGGCAGUCGAAAUUUACUGAGGAAGGUAUGUUUAGUAAUGAAGAGAGCUUUAGGCAACUUAUGUCACCCUCUCCCAUUCCCACACCUAGAGAGUCUGAAAAUCUUUUUAAUAACAGUGAACCAAGCAAUCAGACUGAUGCAAGGACAGUAAAUUCUUCAUCCAAACCAAAAGGUACUGAAAACAAUGUGGUGGUAACUAAGCCCACCAGUGUGCCCAGUUCAGAUAAUUAUGUUCACCCACUCACAGGAAAGCUAUUGGAUCCAAACUCGCCUUUAGCGCUUGCUCUCUCUGCCAGGGACAGGGCCAUGAAAGAACAGACUCAACAGAUUCCAGGCAAAGGAGAAGCAAGUAAAGCAGACCUUAACAAGCCACUUUAUAUUGAUACAAAACUGAGACCCAAUAUUGAAACUACAUUUCCUGUGACUGCUACUGUUACCAGACAAAACACACGUGGCCCAUUGAGAAGGCAAGAGACAGAGAACAAGUAUGAAACGGACAUGGGGAAAGAGAAAAAACCUGAAGAAAAGAAAAACAUGCUGAUAAAUAUUGUGGAUACUUCACAGCAGAAGUCAGCUGGUUUGCUAAUGGUUCACACUGUAGAUACAGCAAAGUCUGACGACACACCUGAAGAUGAAGAAAAGAGAAUUGAAGCAGAAGUGAACCCAGAAAGUUCUUCACCUGAAGUGCCAGAGGGCAGUGAAGAAGCAGAAAGUGGCUUAAGUGUAUCUGCUACACCUGAGCCACCUCCAUCACCAUGCAAAACUAUUGUAGCAGCUAGUUCUGUUGAUGACCCUGUCAUUCUGCCUUUUCGUAUCCCUCCACCCCCCUUAGCAUCUGUUGAUAUUGAUGAAGAGUUUAUUUUUACUGAGCCAUUACCACCUCCUUUAGAAUUUGCUAACAGUUUUGAUAUUCCUGAUGAUCGUUCAGCUCCAGGUUCUGCUCUAACGGACUCACAUAAGCAAAGACAGAAUGGAACACCUUCACCUGCUUCAUUUAACCCCAAUCAAUCAACAAAUUCCUUAGAUAGUAAAAAGCAAGUGGGUCUUUCAAACUGUUUGCCUGCCUCAUUUCUGCCACCCCCUGAAAGCUUUGAUAACAUCACUGACUCUGGGAUUGAGGAGGUGGACAGUCGAAGUAGUAGUGACCAUCAUUUAGAGACAACCAGCACUAUCUCAACAGUGUCCAGCAUCUCUACCUUAUCCUCUGAAGGAGGCGAGAACUUGGAUACUUGUACAGUCUAUGCAGAUGGGCAAACAUUUCUGGUGGACAAACCCCCAGUACCUCCUAAGCCAAAAAUGAAGCCCAUAAUUAACAAAACCAAUGCACUUUACAAAGAUGCGCUAAUUGAAGAAACUGUUGAUAGCUUUGUUAUUCCUCCACCUGCCCCACCCCCACCUCCAAUCAGUGCACAACCCAAUAUGGCUAAAGUUGUACCACAAAGGACCUCCAAACUAUGGGGUGAUGUAACGGAGGUAAAAAGCCCAAUUCUCUCAGGCCCAAAGGCUAAUGUUAUUAGUGAAUUGAACUCAAUACUACAACAAAUGAACAGAGAGAAAUCUUCAAAGCCAGGGGAAGGACUGGAGUCACCAGCUGGAACAAAAACUGCAAGUCUCAGUACAAGGAGCACAGAAGUCAUGAGUACUGUCUCAGGUACCCGAAGUACAACCAUCACUUUCACUGUCCGGCCUGGAACCAACCAGCCGAUCACACUGCAGAGCAGGUCCCCAGACUAUGACAGUAGGACAUCGGGAGCAAGACAUGCUCCAAGCCCUGUGGUUUCACCAACAGAAAUUAAUAAAGACAUCAUGCCUGCUCCUCUGACUGCUUCUGCUUCAGCUACAUCUCCUUCUCCAACUCUGUCUGAUGUAUUUAGCCUACCCAGCCAGCCUCCUUCUGGGGACUUAUUUGGCUUGAACACAGGCCGCAGCAGGUCUCCUUCUCCCUCAAUAUUACAACAGCCAAUCUCAAAUAAGCCUUUUACAACUAAGCCUGUCCACCUGUGGACUAAACCAGAUGUGGCAGAUUGGUUGGAAAGUCUAAACUUAGGUGAACAUAAAGAAACCUUUAUGGACAAUGAAAUAGAUGGCACCCAUUUACCAAACCUUCAGAAGGAAGACUUGAUAGACCUUGGAGUGACUAGAGUUGGGCACAGAAUGAACAUAGAAAGAGCUUUGAAACAACUACUGGACAGAUAAGAAUGGCUCCUUUUGCCUCACAAACUUCUCUUCAUAAGUAGAGAUGGGCUGGUACUGAAAUACCUAAAAUGCCUUGGCCACCUGCGAGUGCCAGCAAAAGAAAUUGGUUUAAUUUAGCUCCUGGUACUCGGGUCAUGCAGACUGCAUGUUUAAUGCCCAAACACGAACCUACAUAAAUGAAAUUAAUAGGACCAUUUUAUUUUGAAGGUGUGGGGAGAGAUGAGGAAGAGAGAUAACUGUUAACUUUAAAAAUGUUAUCUAUCCAUUAAUAAUGCCUUUCUGCUGGGAUCAGAACAUACAUGUUUCUUUUUCAUUUACAACCAUAAACAUUUCACUUAUUCACAGAAAGCACUAUACUGGUUUUCAGUUCUUGAUACUCUUGUCAUAUGCUCUUCUAAAAAUGUUGGGCUUUGUUUUGUUUUGCUUUGCUUUUUAUAUAUGCAUGGUCAAUGCUUCAUUACCUUUUAAACCAUUUUUAUCAAAUAUAGGUGCUUGAUUUCUUGGUAAAGGUGUUUGUGGUAUUGGGGAUUCUGGUUCAAAGGCAACUUUGUUCUGCUUUACUUUGGUAUUUCUUUAUUUCUGCAUUUACACUUAGUACACUUCCAAGGUGGCAGAACAGCAUUCUACAUAUGCUCUAUGGACUUGAUCAGUAGUAGGUGGAAGGGAAUUCUCAGUCAAAGGUGAAACACAGUUAAGCUAGUUUAAACUCAAGAUACCCAUUUUUCAACCAGGUAAUGGCUACUAAGGCACAACAUACAUUUUAAUGGAAUCAUAGUGUGUUAGUUGAUGACAUGAAGUGCAUCCUUUAGAUGUUUUUAAUCUGAUUUUCAGACAUGCUAGGCAGGAUCUUAAGGGACUCAUCAUGUCUGAAAUCUGUCUUAAAAAAAUCUAAAGGAUGCACUUCAUGUCACUGACUGACACUAUGAUUCCAUUAAAUGUAUGGUGGGUCUUAGUAGCUGGCUAGAAAAUGGGACUAUUUUAAAUGGAUAUCUCAAGUGGUGAUUGAAAAGAAAGACUAAUGUUCCCACUGAUGUUAAUAGAAAUUUUGCCUCUGACUUGUAUAGGAGCAGGAUUUGGGCCUUUUAAUAGGAAUAUAAAUAUUUCAGUAGGUGACCAUUCUACUGACCAUAGUUUUGUUUUGGUUUUUGAAGGCUUAAGGUUUGAAAGGAAAGGGGUUGAAUAUUGACUGGCUGCUUCUAUAGCAGGGCUCAGUUUUGUUUUGUUUUUUCCAGGAGAGAGCAUCCAUGUCAACGAUGCAAAAAUUUGGCCUGUUUAACUUUUUUAAACAGAAAAAGUUAACAAGUUUCUCUCUGUUUCUGAUCUUCUCUUGAAAUUAACACAUCGUGAAUUUAGCAAAUUUUGUAAAUUUUACUUUCUAAAUAAUAAUAUUCAGUGUAUGCAUGGUAGGUAAAUCGUGUGUGGGUAGCCAGAUUUUUGCCUACCAUGACAGGUUUUCCCACACUUUGAAAAGUACCUGAAUUCUCUUCCCUUAAUAUGGUCCAGCCUAUCUCUAAUUUUUUUCCCUUUGUUUUUUUUUUUUUCUUUCUAUCUUUCUUCCUUUCUUUCUUUUUUCCUGACAACCAAGUGUCUAAUUAGGCCUGCAGCAGCCCUAGAAUGAGUACAUACAGUUUAGCAAUUUAAAUAUCUUUCUUUACUGCAAGUUUAAAUAGUUGUACAGAUAGUUUAUAAGCACAAUAUUUUAAGAAAAUAAGUGGCUGGUCUACUGGGCAGCCUUUGUGCCACUUCAGUGCUAGAAAGUUAAAAACAAAAACAAAAAAACUUUUGUGGUUUAAUACUAUUUCUGUGGAAUAAUUAUAAAAGUCUCAACCUUUUUAAAAUCAACCUCAUUUGGAUGCAUCUGAACCAGCAGAGCUGUGUUAUAUUUUCUAUCUUUGCUAGAACUUCUUCAAAGGAGGAUGAGUAUUUCUUCAAAAGUGGUUACAGUAAACAAUGCAUUGGAUACUCACAAAAAGCUACUAUUCAACCUCCUUCCCCCUUUCUGGAACAAGUCUUUUGACUUAACAUCUGUUGCUAUAAUAUAUUUGUAUUUGAACGUUCCAAGUAACCUUGUAAUAAAAUUGAAGUAUUAAGGCAUUUUACCUUCAAGAGUACUGAAUUUUUCCAUAGUUAAAUGGAUAUUGUUGUAGAGAACAACGGUUUCAUUCAGAUAUUCAGUAAUGGCACCUCAAGGCCAUAGAAUACUUUUAAAAGUGUAAAAAUGGUAAUUCAGCCAUCAUUGUCUUCCAUUUGGUGAUGAUACAGAAUUCAGUAAGUAAACCACUAAUGCCAUGCUCCUUUUUUGUUUCCCUGAAUACAGUUGGUAUUACCUCUAUAAUAUGUGCCAGAAAACACAUUAGAUAAUAUGGUAGUAAAAAAAAUGUAGAGGAUACUUUUAAGCUGCUUUUUCAUCACAACUUUAUUGUUGAAUUUAGGUUUAAUGAGUGCUGACAUACACAGUAAAUUACAGCAGAUGGUAAUCCCUUUCUUAAACAGGUGUGUUUCUUGCUUAUGUAUCUUUUCAGGCACUUAAAGAAUAGGUACAGUAUAAUUAGUAGAAAAGAGAUUAAAAACAUUUAAAGAGCUAAUGAAAGUUUAUUUUUACAUGUGUCUUAAUGAACUAAAGGUAGAGGCCUGAAAGGACCUACUUUUACCAAUAAAAUACACCUCUGCCAAGAUGAAUUGGUCUCUAGCUCUGUUUGAUUUUUGCUACAGAAAGCAAUAGUAACAGACACAACAUUGCCUCCUAAUAUUUUCAACAGCUUUGGAAAUGUUGGGGGUAAGGUGGGGGGAAGACCCUAUUAUUACAUGCUCCUAUGAUGGUGGGAAACAAGGUGUUAGAGCUCUAUGAAAUAUGUUACGAUAAUUCCAGGUUUUAGGAUCAACUUUUGUUUAUAUACUGUAAUUUAAAUAAAUUGCAUUUACAUGCCUAGUUUCUGUAAUAUUUGUGUAUACAAUACCAAAAGCUCACAAGAUGUAAAUUGUGUAUAACUGCACAGACUCCUUUCCCUGGGUGUCUGGAAACGUUUUAAGUUUAAUUCAUAUAUUAUAAAAUGACUAGAUGUGACUGUUGAUUUACAGAAUUUACAUAUCACAAACGUUAAUUAUUUGUGGUACUUAAGUUAAUAAAAAUAGUGAUUUUUCUGAGUUCUUAAACAGCAUUACCCAGUUGAUCUGGCAAUGAUUGUGUAUGAGCCACAAAUAUUGAUAAUUUUCCCAUUACAUUUUUUUCUUUUCUUUUUUAGAUAUUAAUAUGUUUCUCGCUAUAGUUUGUGUAACAACUUGUGUUCACGUUAUCUAUGUUGCUGUAAUUUUUGUGCUUUAAUUCCUCUUAUUUCGAAUUGAUUAAAAAUCAAGCUCCUGUAACUUGCACUUUCCCCAGUCCUUAAUACUCUUGUAUGGCAACCAAAAUUACUGUAAGAAAUAAAUAUAAUAU